UAGCCCGCGGUGUGCGGGGCGAGCUCUCAGUGGUGCGGCCGGCGGGCGGCGAUGGCGGCCGUACGGGGCCUGCGAGUGUCGUUGAAGGCGGAGGUCCCAGCGGGGCCGGCCUUGGGGCCCCCGUCGCCUGAAGCGGAGUCAGGUUUGGACCGCGGCGAGCCGGAGCCCAUGGAGGUGGAGGAGGGCGAGCUGGAGGUCGUGCCGGUUCGGCGCUCGCUGAAGGAACUGAUCCCGGACACAAGCAGAAGAUAUGAAAACAAGGCUGGCAGCUUCAUCACUGGAAUCGAUGUCACCUCCAAGGAAGCAAUUGAAAAGAAAGAACAGCGAGCCAAGCGCUUCCAUUUUCGAUCAGAAGUAAAUCUUGCCCAAAGAAAUGUAGCCUUGGACCGAGACAUGAUGAAGAAAGCAAUCCCCAAAGUGAGACUGGAGACAAUCUACAUUUGCGGCGUAGAUGAGAUGAGUACCCAGGAUGUCUUUUCCUAUUUUAAAGAAUAUCCUCCGGCCCACAUUGAGUGGUUGGAUGAUACCUCCUGUAACUUGGUUUGGUUGGAUGAAAUGACAGCCACACGAGCCCUUAUCAAUAUGAGUUCCCUGCCAGCCCUGGAUAAGAUAAGAAGCAAGGAUGCCAAUGAGGACAAGUCAUCUGAGAAAAGUAAAAAAGACAAGCAAGAAGACAGUUCCGAUGACGAUGAGGCUGAAGAAGGAGAAGUUGAAGAUGAGAACGCAAGUGAUGUAGAGUUGGACACGUUGUCUCAGGUAGAAGAAGAGUCUCUGCUAAGAAAUGAUCUUCGUCCAGCGAACAAACUUGCUAAAGGAAAUAGAUUAUUCAUGAGAUUUGCUACAAAAGAUGACAAAAAGGAACUUGGAGCAGCGAGAAGAAGUCAGUAUUACAUGAAAUAUGGGAAUCCAAAUUACGGAGGCAUGAAAGGAAUUCUUAGUAAUUCUUGGAAGCGAAGAUACCAUUCCCGUCGCAUUCAGCGGGAUGUGAUCAAGAAGAGAGCCCUGAUUGGGGACGACGUUGGCUUGACAUCCUAUAAACACCGACAUUCCGGACUAGUGAAUGUUCCUGAGGAACCCAUUGAAGAGGAGGAAGAGGAGGAGGAGGAAGAGGAGGACCAGGACAUGGAUGCUGAUGACAGGGUGGUGGUGGAGUACCACGAGGAGCUCCCAGCCCUCAAGCAGACCCGGGAGCGGAGCACAUCUCGGCGGUCUAGUGCCAGCAGCUCAGACUCAGAUGAAAUGGACUAUGAUCUAGAACUGAAAAUGAUUUCCACUCCUUCACCAAAGAAGAGCAUGAAAAUGACGAUGUAUGCUGACGAAGUGGAAUCGCAGUUGAAAAAUAUCAGGAACUCCAUGAGGGCAGAUACUCUAUCUACAAGCAAUAUAAAAAACCGAAUUGGUAACAAAUUAACACCUGAGAAAUUUGCAGAUGUCCGACAUUUGUUAGAUGAAAAACGUCAACACACACGUCCACGGCCACCUGGCAGCAGUACUAAAACAGAUAUACGCCAGCGAUUAGGAAAAAGACCACAUUCUCCGGAAAAGGCUUUUAGUAGUAACCCAGUCGUUCGGAGAGAGCCCUUUUCUGAUGUACAUAGUAGGCUAGGUGUUCCCAGGCAAGAUGUUAAAGGCCUCUACUCUGAUACUCGGGAGAAGAAAUCAGGUAGUUUAUGGACUCGCUUAGGAUCUGCACCCAAGACCAAAGAAAAGAACACGAAGAAAGUGGAUCACAGGGCGCCCGGCACAGAGGAAGAUGACUCCGAGCUGCAAAGGGCAUGGGGGGCUCUGAUUAAGGAGAAAGAACAGUCUCGCCAAAAGAGAGCCGGUUUAGAUAACUUACCAUCUCUCCAGAUUGAAGUUAGUCGGGAAAGCAGCUCUGGUUCAGAGGCAGAGUCCUGAUGCCCUUGGGGCCCAAGGCGGCUGCCCUAAAGCCUGACAUUCUUGUGCAGGGUGGGGUGCACAGUAGGAACCCCCCAUGCGGAGUUUGGCGCCCCCUCCGUUCUUGCUCACGCAGUCACCCUCGCUCUUGCUACUUCAGCAAGACAUCCUAAAGAAUAUGACAUGUUUUGAGGCAUCUAUCUAAUCUUUUGCUGCAGAGUUAUAGUUCGGGCCCUCAGUUUCUUUUCCCACCACCCCACAAGCUUUACCCUUUGAGGAAAAGGCCAGCCCUCCAGAUAUGUAGACAUUUUUCUUAAUAUUUUUAACAUUGUGUCUUUUGAAAGAAAUGUUUUACACAGUUCAUCCAAAGAGCAGAGGACUGAACUUCUCACUAUUGCCUUGGCCCUGACAGCUGUUACCAGCACCCUUUUCCCAAGAAAAGUCAAUUCCCAGGUG